GUUCAAAUAGAAGGAGGAAGGGAAGGAGGCUGAUAGUGCAGUAUCAGGCUGGCUCACACUCGCCCAAAUCCCAGAUUAAAGGCCCCCGCCCCCGCUACACUCGCUCUGUCUAACCCAGUAACACACACGGCAGCCUCUUUCACUUGUGGAGCAGACUGGAUUACUGAGGCACUGUCGGAGCAGGUUGUCCCCACAAUGGUGAGGUGGUUCCACCCAAACAUCACAGGACUGGAGGCGGAGCAGCUCCUGUUGACUCGGGGUGUCCACGGCAGUUUCCUGGCCCGACCCAGCAAGAGCAACCCGGGAGACUUCACCCUCUCUGUCAGGCGGGACGAUGAGGUGACCCACAUCAAGAUCCAGAACUCGGGGGACUACUAUGACCUGUACGGGGGUGAGAAGUUUGCCACGCUGGCCGAGCUGGUGCAGUAUUACACCGAGCAACAGGAUCUGCUCCGGGAGAGGAACGGACAUGUCAUCGAGCUCAAGUACCCGCUCAACUGCAAAGACCCCACUUCAGAGAGAUGGUACCAUGGGCAUUUGUCGGGCCGCGAUGCAGAGAAACUCCUCACAGAAAAAGGCAAAGCAGGCAGUUUCCUGGUCCGGGAGAGUCAGAGUAAACCGGGAGACUUUGUGCUGUCAGUGCUCACCAAUGAAGAAAAGCAUGACAACGAUCGCAAGACCAAAGUUACGCAUGUUAUGAUACGCUACCAGGACGGUAAAUACGACGUAGGCGGAGGAGAGAGGUUUGACACGCUGGCAGACCUGGUGGACCACUACAAGAAGAACCCUAUGGUGGAGAAGAGUGGGAUUGUGGUGCACUUAAAACAGCCAUUUAAUGCUACCAGAAUAAACGCAGCCAACAUAGAGAACCGGGUACGAGAGCUCAACAAAGUCGCUGACAACUCUGAGAAACCCAAGCAAGGAUUCUGGGAGGAGUUUGAGGUACUACAGCAACAGGAGUGUAAACUGUUAUAUCCCCGGAAAGAAGGCCAGAAGGCAGAGAACAAGAGCAAAAACCGCUACAAGAAUAUCCUCCCCUUUGAUACGACGCGUGUUGAAAUCCGAGAAAAUGAUCCAGACAUUCUUGGGUCCGACUAUAUUAACGCCAAUUAUAUCCAAGGUUUCCAUGAAGAUGGGCGUCAUGGAGAUGAGAGUAAAGUCUUCAUAGCCACACAGGGCUGUCUCCAGAACACUGUGUUGGACUUCUGGAAGAUGGUCUAUCAGGAAAACACACGGGUCAUUGUCAUGACAACCAAAGAGAUGGAGAGAGGACGGAACAAGUGUGUGCGGUACUGGCCCGAUCUCCACGGGACAAAAGAGUACAGCAGGAUCGUGGUGAGGAAUGUGGAUGAGAGACCAGCCCAGGACUACAUUCUGAGGAAGCUGGAGGUCACACGGUUGGACCGGAAGGAGCCACUGAGGUACAUUUGGCACUACCAGUACUUGACGUGGCCGGACCACGGUGUUCCAAAUGAGCCUGGGGGGGUCCUGUGGUUCUUGGAGGAGGUCAAUCGCACUCAGAGCACCAUGCCCACUGCAGGGCCCAUCGUGGUGCACUGCAGUGCUGGCAUUGGUCGUACAGGCACCAUUAUUGUCAUUGACAUCCUCAUUGACAUUAUUAACCGCCAAGGACUGGACUGUGACAUUGACAUCCCAAAGACGAUCCAGUGGGUGCGACAGCAGAGGUCCGGCAUGGUCCAAACCGAAGCCCAGUACAAGUUUAUCUACAUGGCAGUGCAGCAGUACAUUGACACAGCACAGAAGAGGCUGGAGGAGGAGCAGAGGAGUAAGAUGAAGGAGAGAGAGUAUUCCAACAUCAAAUAUGGCCACAUGACAAACUCCAGGUCCAAAAGCAACAUGGCCUCCUCACGAUCAUCUUCUGUAUUGACAAAUGAUGACACAUCCAGUGUGUACGAGAACAUCAACUUUAAAACUCCUCAGACUUCUUUCAGCAGUAACACCAGGAGGUAGAACUAGGAUGGCGUAGGUCAUGUUGUACUUCUCUAGGUUUUACUGGGUGGUUCCUUGGAUGGGCCCUGUGUCAGCUCUCCAGGUCUGGUCCAGGAGUAGCAGGAAUUGGCCGUGCUCCUGACUGUACUGCAGUGGACAUUGGACAGGGCUCUCCCGCACACUGCUCCAUGUCCCUCCUCAGGCCUCUCUUCUGCCUCAUAAAAGUGCCUUGUCCCGGAACAUUCACUGUGGAGCCUGAGCUGACUGGAGAGGUCAGGACUAAGCUAUCUGCCCCUCUUCUCAGCACUGUGUCUGGACUUGAACCUGGACAUUUGGAUGUAUGUGUUCAACUGUGGAGUGUAAUAGCAACCUCCAGGACUAAAGCCAUUCUUUCACCAAACUUAUGAUUGAAGUGAAAGAGUCAUCAUGCUGUAUCCAGAGGGCAUUUGAGCAUUGCUUUCAGAUGGUCACCUAAAAACUUGUAUUUUGGUUUGUAUUAUUUUGUCCAUUGUUAUAUUUUUGUGGUUGAAUUUGAUGGGAUGUGUUUGAAAAUGUAGUAAACACAACGACGGGGAGCAUGUUUCAGUGCCAGUUUCCAUUAGUGAUUUGAUUUGUGUGGUUAAUUGUUUGUUGUUUUACAGUAUAAAAGGACACAUUGGUAGUUUGUGUAACCUUAGCCACAAAAGAAAAAACUCUCAGCACAUUUGCUCUGAAUUGUAGCAACAUGAGCCACAUAAGAAUCCACAAAAAAAAUAAAAUAAAUAAAUAAAUUGCAGCAUUAAUAGAAGGAACCCACUACCAACAGUAAUUCACAACCAUUGGAAAGUCAUUUAACUGAAUUUGACUGCACCCAUGUGCCAUAAACAGCUGUAUCGUAACACUUUGAUAUUUAAAGCUGUGCAGUGUAGUAUGCUGUAAUUCCUGAAUGGGACUGUGUCAAGUGUGUAGUGAUCCGAGGCUUGUCUCUCUGAUUAUCAGCCGGUCUGAAGCACUUGGACAUCUGUCCGAGAUGGUCAAAGGAAACGAGGGACACUGCACGAUUACUGUGAGCCAGAUGGCCGUGUGCCCAGAUUGAAGAAUAGAUUUGUCUCCAAAAAGUAAUUUAGAAGAUGGCCAUAAUCCAGGCUGGAUGAUGCCGUGGAGAGUAGGCCACGUCACUGAUGUGAUAAGGAGCCUGGAGCUGAGCCCCGGGCUCACACAGACUGUAGGUUAUUUAUAGUGUCAGCUCUGAAACAUCCACACAUGUAAAUGUGUGAACCAUUUCUAUUGAGAUCCUACAAGUUUUCACAAACGGUAACUGCCACCUAUUUGUGAUAUUCUGUACAUCUGAUCUCAAGAGUAAUGUAAUCCAACAUAGAGGUGUUUCAUUAAGACCCAGCUGCUAAAUCUAUGUGAAUAUCUGUUAUUACAGCCAAACCACAUGAAUGAACCACCCGUACUGUCUGCUCUAAAGUGUUUUGUGAAAUAAAAGCUCUUAAACAUGCCUGUCCUGAUAAGAUGAAUGCUGUACAUUGUACAAAUAAUAGUAUCACCACCACUGUGCUGCACAAUUUACAAAUAAAUGAACUAUAUUUAGUGUGUGCAUGAACUAUUACAUUUUUUGGUAUGAAAAUGGAUGAGCCUCAGAGCUUUGAGGAAUAUAACAUAAAACUUUUCUUUUUCGCUUGCACCUCCCGCUGCUCCCUCUGUUAUCAAAGACCGUUAUCGUGUUAUUUUGGAGUUUUCUGAAAAGGACUUUGCUGCUGGCUGUAGCUGUGUGCUGAAUCCUGCUGUUUCCUCUCUGACUGGGAUUUGUGCGAUGAAUGAGUGCUUGUUUAUUGUUUUAGAGUGUAUUGUAAUACUUCGUGUUGUGUUGUGGUAAAACAUCGAUACUUGAAAACUGCACUCUGCCUGGCCUCAGGUUGUGUGGAUGUGGACUGACUGUGAGAAUGUCAUGCUGCCCUAUAGACCUGUGUGUAUUUGUAGUCAGGGCUGGACUACAGGCAAAAGAAAAUGCUGUGUUUUAUCUGUAAGGACUUUCAUUUGGUGAGCAAUUAUACUGACUUGCCAAACCCCAAUAAAAAGCUAUUGCAAC